AUGUCCACUCGCAUUCCCCUGAUUCUUGGAGCUGGUCAGUUCGGCGCCGCCAACACUGACGAACGAGUUUCCGACCCCGCCGUUGCGCAAGAGUUGGUUGAUCUUAUGGUCAGUCAUGGCUGCACCAGCAUCGAAACAUCACCUUUCUAUUGCAAUGGCACUUCUGAGAAGCCUGGCGACCACUCUCCUGAGAAGGUUAAGAAGAGCUUCGAGGCGUCCGUCAAAGCCUUGAAUGGCAAGAAAAUCCGUGUGUAUUACCUGAAUGUCCCUGAUCGCAGCUUCCCCUUUGAGGACACGCUCGAAGCGAUCAAUGACAUCUACAACGCCGGUGGAUUCGAGGUGUUUGGCCUAGCCAACUACAUGGCCUUUGAGGUGGCGGAGGUUGUGAGCAUCUGCAAGCGCCGCGGCUUCGUCAUGCCCACCGUAUACCAGGGGGUCUACAACCUCAUUGACCGGCUCACAGAGAACGAACUCUUUCCCUGCCUUCGCAAGUUCAACAUCAAGUUCGCGGGGUACACGCCUCUCGCAGGCGGCUACCUCACGGAGCGCUUCUUCGUCCCCGACGCGAGCAAGGACGUCCCGCUGUCGAAAUUUGACCCGGCCCGCUCCAGUUUCUCAUGGUUUCACACCGGGCGGUACUACCCCUCGGCGUCUGCGGUCGCUGAGCUGAAGGACAUCGCGCACGCGCACGGCCUGACGCUCACCGAGGUUGCACUACGCUGGUUGCAGUGGCACAGCAAAUUGCAGCCUGACGACUACGGCGUCAUUGUGGCAGCGAGCGCGAAAGAGCAGCUGCAGACCAUUUUGGAAGACAGUGUGAAGGGCCCGCUGCCUGACGCUGUCGUCGAAGCCUGUGAGGACACUUGGAAGAAGGCACGCGGUGCAAUUACGAAGUAUUGGUUCUAGGAGAUUGUUUCGCUCUCAGUUCGACACAGGAUAGCCCAAAACAGGCUAGGCUGAAGGUAGUACACCGGAUAGCAGUACAUGUCCAGCUGCGGGUGCGGCGGAGGGCAAGAAGUUACUCUACCUGUUCGGGCCGCACGGCGUGGUUGUAGCAGACAAUGUAGAUGUGAUUGUUUCCACGUGUGGAGUCUCCG